GGAGAGCGAAACUGAUAGUGAGAGAAAGAAAGAGAGAGAGAGAGUAUUCCGGGGAGGUCUCUGUCUCUCCGCCGCUUCAACUCUAAAGAAUCCGUCGUUUUCCCGCGCCGUUUUCCUUCUAAAAUAGUCGCUACUGCGCUCAUUCCAUGCCAUUCUGACUAGUAUGUAAUUAAAUCUUGUUCCAUGACGCUUCCAAAGGUAACCCCUAAGAAUUCUCCUCUUGUUAAAACCCUAAGGAGUCGAAUCAUCGAAAUUCAACCUUCGACUCCUACCAAGAACCACGAACCUUCUCAUUCUACGAUGAACUCCGAUUCUCCCUUUCCGUCUCCCGAUCAAAAACCAGAUUCUGUUGAUUCAAAAAUUCCUCUGAGGCGGAGUUCUCGACUUGCUUCAAUUUCGAGGCUCCCUUAUAAUGAUAUCGUCAAUACUUCUGUUAAAGCUAGUCGACGACGCGGAAAGAAGACUAGCUCCGAGGAAAAUGGCAGGGACUUGCCAGUAAAGAGGGAUUCUGAUUCUGACUCUGAUAAGGGAAAGACUGAGGAGGUAGAUGAUUCUAGGGUUUUGGAUUCCAAAAGGCGGAGACUGAGUCUUCCUGAUUCUGUUGAGAGGGUGGAUCCUGGAGAAGGGUUUGCGGGAAUUGAUGGAACUGCGAUGACGACGAGGAGAACUGAGCUGGUGGAUUUGUGUUCCAGUGGGGAUGAAAAAGAGGAAGAGAUUAACGACAUGGGUUCCGAAGAGGAAGGAAUUAUGGACGUGGGUUCCAGAAAAUCAGGUCUAGGAAGUUCUGGUGCUAGUGGAAGGAUAAUGGCGUCGAACCUGGAGAACGGGAAGAGAAAAUUGGAUAUUGACCUUAACUCGCCUGCCCUGGACAUAGUGGCGGAAGAUGGGAACGACAGUGGGUUCUUGAAUUUGAGGUCAGGAGCAAGAAUUGUCAGGAGGAAAAUUGAAGGUAACGAUUUUGAUUCUAACAGAAUUAAAAAUGAUGGUAUUCAUUUUUUCCAUAAUCAAAGAGAGGGAGAGGAAACAGAUGGAGAAAAUCAGGAAAGAUUGUCCGACCAAAGUGAAGAGGGUGUUCAUGUGGCGAAUUUGGAGGCAGACCCAAUUGAUGGUGAAAGUAGUCACUCUAAUGGUGGCAAAAAAUACAGCAGAGCAGAAAAAGGGAAGGGGAUAUUGAUUAAGGACACUCCAGUGGAGCUGGACUUAUUCCCUGUGACAGAGCGUUUGAUGAAGGAUGCUGUUUCAGGCCUUAGCCAGGUGAAGAUAAUUGUAACGGAUGAGGAAAAAAAGAACAUCAGGAAGGAUCAUAUAAAGAUGCGAGUGAGGUAUGGAAGGGAGAGCCGAUCCGGCAGGAGUGAAAGGUUCCGCCGUGUAGCCCGAGAAAAUGCUUCCCGAUUUGCACAUUUUAGGCCCGAAGAGGAGAACGUCGCUUUGCCCAAUGUGCCAGAGAGGCCAACGCCACCAGUGGAAACUUUUCAGGAACCCGAAGAUUGGCCUGGCCCCUUUUCUACUGCUAUGAAGAUUAUUAAGGACCGAAAAAUGAAGCAGCUGAAAACUCAACGUGGAAAUUCCUCUUCGGGUUUAACCAAACUUGUACCGGUAAUUGAAUGGAUACCCUCGAAGGAUCAGUCUCACAACCAUUCAUUGACCUUGGUUCCUUCACUGCAAGACCUUUGCCUAAGCGUUCUUGCUAAGAAUUCUGAUGCGAUUGUCUCACUUGAGCUUGUCCCCGAUGUAUUGAAGCACAAACUCAGUCGGCUGAUCUGUGAUUCUCGAAAAAUGAAUGCCCAUUAUUUGGAACUCCUUGUUAGUGGGUCUCCAACAGAGAUACGUGUAACGGAUUGUUCAGCCAUAACUGAGGAGGAUCUCAGCACAGUGCUUGUAGGGUGUAAAACAGAAAACCUUAGGGUGCUGCAACUUGACCUAUGUGGGCGUUGUUUGCCGAAUUAUAUAUUGCGUGCUACAUUAGCUCAAUCGCCUAAUAGUUUGCCUGCUUUAGCAACCAUAUCCUUGAAGGGUGCAUGCCGUCUUUCGGAUGUUGGACUUAAAGCACUUGUUUCUUCAGCGCCUGCGCUAAGGUCUAUAAAUUUGGAGCAGUGUUCCUUUCUCACCUUAGAUGGUAUAAACAUUCUGGCUAAUUCUCUGGGAUCAGUACUGAGGGAAUUAUAUAUAGAUGAUUGCCAAAAUGUAGAUGCAAUGAUGAUUCUCCCUGCAUUGAAGAAGCUAGCACACUUGGAAGUAUUGUCGGUUGCAUGUGUUCGUAAUGUUUGUGAUGAUUUUGUCAGUGGGCUUGUUGCCGUACAUGGUCCAAACAUGAAGAAGCUUGCUUUUUCUGGUUGUAGGGAACUGACUGAUACUUCAUUAAAAGUCAUUGCAGAGAAUUGUUCCGGACUAUGUUCUCUUGAUCUUGGUAACUUGUGCAAAUUGACUGAUUGUGCUAUAGGAUACCUUGCCAAUGGUUGUCAUUCAAUUCAUACACUCAAUCUAUGUCGCAAUGCAUUCAGUGAUGAAGCAAUUGCUGCAUUCUUGGAAGCCUCUGGAGAAUCCUUGACAGAACUUUGGUUGAAUAAUGUUAAUAAGGUUGGCCACCACACAGCUAUAUCACUUGCCAGAUGUUCAAGAAAGCUGCAAAGACUGGACCUGUCCUUCUGCCGUAAGUUGACCAAUGAAGCAGUGGGAUUGAUCGUUGAUAGCUGCUCAGCACUGGAAGUGCUAAAACUUUUUGGUUGUACACAGAUCGGUAAUGUGUUUCUGGAUGGCCACUCAAAUCCCCAUGUGCAGAUUAUUGGAUUGCCGAUGACUUCAAUCUUAAAACAUCUCAACAAUUUUGAUACUUUGGAAAAUGCAUCUGGAUACUGAUCUUUAGCUUCUUCAACUACAGCUCAAAUGUUAAAUGUUUCAGUUAUGCUAAGUAUGACUACUUUCCAUCAAUUGAUACUGGAAAAUACCAAAAACAGUCUCAGAGAGAGAGAGAGAGAGAGAGAGAGAGGGUAGCGGGGAGAAUAUUCUAUGCUCACCCCAUCUUGUUGAUAUCUUCUAUUCAUUUGACCCGAAAUGUAAACACAAGGCCUUGCCUUAAUUUGGCAUCUUAAAAUGAUCCCUGUAUCUUUUCUUGGGGGUUCGUAUCUUAUUUCUGCGAUACUCCACCUGAUUGGCCAUUGCAACUUCAUUCCCCUUGUUGGAUUUCAUUGGAUCUAUUUUCAUCAGGACUUCCUUUUAAUUUAUAUUUUUUGCCCAAAUCUACUUGUAAUUUUUAUAUGGUCUGUGAUUAGCCAAUGGGUCUUUGUUUGAUUGGCCAAUGCGUAGUAGGUACUUUCACUUGCUACCUGCAUUAGAGAGAGGGGUAGCGGGGAGAAUAUUCUAUGCUCACCCCAUCUUGUUAAUAUCUUCUAUUCAUUUUACCCGAAAUGUAGACACAAGGCCUUGCCUUAAUUUGGCAUCUUAAAAUGAUCCCUGUAUCUGUUCUUGGGGGUUCAUAUCUUAUUUCUGCGAUACUCCACCUGAUUGGCCAUUGCAACUUCAUUCCCCUUGUUGGAUUUCAUUGGAUCUAUUUUCAGUAGGACUUCCUUUUAAUUUC